UUUGUUGGGGGAAAAUAUUUCAAAUGCGAAUGUUGGCACAAUCAGGUCAAAAAUGAAGAGAAGAAGGAAGAAGUUGUUAUGUUUCGGCAUAGAUAAUGAAUAUCCGGUAACGGCCUAGCCUUUCCUCAAUCGGCGUGUAGUGAUCCGCAAGCACAACUCGUCCAUCAUGUCAGAAGAGAACUGGGGUGAUGAAGCCGACGUUGCGGCGGCAGGCGCCACAGACCUUGGCGCUGCCCCCACUGCCGAGAUGCCAGAGGUCAAGCUCUUUGGCCGCUGGAGCUGUGAUGAUGUCCAGGUGUCCGACAUGUCCCUCCAGGAUUACAUCGCUGUCAAAGAGAAGAACGCUAAGUACCUACCUCACUCAGCUGGUCGCUACGCUGCCAAGCGCUUCCGCAAGGCACAGUGCCCUAUUGUGGAGAGGCUUACCAACUCACUCAUGAUGCACGGCCGUAACAACGGUAAGAAGCUCAUGGCUGUGAGGAUUGUCAAGCACGCGUUUGAAAUCAUCCACCUGCUCACUGGAGAGAACCCUCUCCAGGUGUUAGUAACUGCCAUUAUCAACUCUGGACCUCGUGAAGAUUCCACACGUAUUGGUAGGGCUGGUACUGUCAGGCGACAGGCAGUUGAUGUUUCCCCCUUGAGGAGAGUAAACCAGGCUAUCUGGCUGUUGUGCACUGGAGCACGUGAAGCUGCCUUCAGAAACAUUAAGACGAUUGCUGAAUGUGUGGCUGAUGAGCUAAUCAACGCUGCAAAGGGCUCAUCAAACUCUUAUGCUAUCAAGAAGAAGGAUGAAUUGGAGCGUGUUGCCAAGUCUAACCGUUAAGUGUUGUUGUCUGCUCACGUCAAUAAAAGAUGUGAAAUUA